UAAAUUAAAUCAAUAUAAAAAUUUUCGUUAACAUUAAUCCAAUUAGAGUUGAUUUCAACUCUAAGUUGACUAUCAAUUGAGAAAUAACUGAACAUUUAUUAAAUCUGAUAAAAAUAAAGAUUUUUGCAACCCUGCUUUAAAUAAUUCAAAGGAAGCUGGUGAUUGAAUCGAGCCUGAAAGUCUCUUUUGACAGAAGGAAGAACGCCCAAAUAAAAAUUGCUGAUCUGCUGAUCUUACUUUUGGAUGAUACAGCCGGGGGUCCCUGGCUAGACAAAUAAUGUAAGCGAAGCGAGUCUGCUGGCAGUGCUGGCUAGUUUGAUUAUAGUUUCAACUAUUGAAAUGAAAUAUAAUAAUACUCCCGAGUAACCGCAGAUAUAACUUGAUACACUGGAUCAUGCUAUUCUCAUAGACAAGCUUAAGCUUGCCAAUGAGUAUGUUGCUUGAUAGACAAGUAUCAAGUAAGUAAGUUAAGGUGUGGGUCCGUCUCCUCUCAAUCUGAUUGAGGCCAACCUGGGGGGUAGCAGACAGGCGGUGCUGGCUAAUGGAGUUCUCUCUGAGAUCAGGGAUUGUGUUGACUGUGGAGUGCCUCAGGGCUCUGUCCUGGGGCCUCUGUUGUUUCUGAUUUCAGUUAACAGUUUCUAAUUUUCAGUUCGACAUAGCUCAGGUGUGUUGUCUGUUAUGCGGACGACAGCACCUUCUUCAUUGCUGGUCGCGAGAUGGGAGGGCUGAGGGCAGCUAUGGUGGAGACUGGGGCGUUUGCGUCGGACUGGUUCUCUGCCAAUCGCUUUCUCCUCAAUGAAGACAAAACACAGUCUAUUGUGUUCAGUCUUAGAAAUGGGAAUGAGUACAAUUUUGCCCCCGUCAAACAGUUAGAAUUUACCCUUGACAGGAAGCUUUCAUGGGGCGAGCACAUUGAGACAGUCUGCGCCAGGUUGAGCAGAGUGGUUUUCCUGCUGAGAGGUCUUAAAUACAGUGUGCCACCUCAUUAUCUUAAAAUGUGUUAUUUUGGCUUUUUUCAGAUUUUAUAUGGCCUCCUCCUCUGGGGUGGAGCCACAGAUGUCGCCCGAAUCCUUCGUCUCCAGAAGAAGGCCCUGAGGAUUAUUUGUGGGGCUGGUAGAUUGGCCCACUGUCGCCCGCUCUUUAUCAAAGAGAGGAUCCUCACCGUCUUCUCCCUCUAUGUUCUUCAUACCCUUUGCAGAACACAUGCAAACGUGGGGUUGCUCGUAACCCGACAAAGCUUCCACCCGUAUGAGACUAGGGGUAGACUCAGGCUGAAUUUACCCUACCAGAGGCUGAGCAGAACCCGGACUGGUCUGGCCAAUAAUAUGUCCAUCAGCCUCUAUAAUAGGCUGCCUCUGUUGGCCAGGGAACCGCCUGCUGUGCGGUUUCGAGGGGCUCUGAAGAGCCUGCUGGCGGAUCAUCCUCUGUACUCACUCUGUGAGUUGGAGAGCAGUGUGGAACAUGACGUGUGGAUGUGAGGAGAAAGCACUGC